AUGAGUAAUCAAAAGAAUUCUUGGAGAGUGAAAACUUUAGAUGAAGUUCUUCAGGAGAAGAAGAGGAGGGAGGAACAAGAAAAGAUGGCCGAGGCUAAGGGCAUGAACUAUUCCCACGAUCUGGAUUUCCUCCAAAAGGGAGAACUGAGAGAUCCCUGGGAGACAAUAUUAAGGAAUUCCCUUCACAGGAGGGAAGAUGCCUCUUUGGCCGUCACACCCGCUCGGUACACGUUACCAAAAGAAAAUUCUCUUCACUGGACAAAGAAACGUCGACGUCGCAGUCAAUCAACAGAAGGUCGCAAGCGCGCCAGGAUGGAAACGCGGGAGCUGGAACACGAGCGUCGCGCCGAGCUGGAUGAAGUCUUUCUAGAAUGGGAGAGGCAGAAAAGGAGUGAGAAGGCCCGAGAACAUUACGGGAGGAAGAGAGAUCCGGUCGAGUCGCUGUCCCAGAAAAGAGAGCGAGAGUGGACGAUGAGGGAGCAGCAACAGAAGCAAAGGGUACCGGAUUGGGAGAACCGGGAGGAGGAGAGGCGCAAAGAACAGGACGCCAGAAGAGGAGUUUCUUUGCAUCAGGAAAUAGGAAGAGCACUAUCUUUCGAUAGUGGCUGGAGCUCCAGCCUAUUAAACCAGCUGCCAGAGAGGUAUGAACAAGGGGAUGGCAGGGAGCUGAUCAAAGAGGAGAAACUAGAAGAGAAGGAUCUUCUUUCUGAUUUACAUUAUAUUAAUGACUUGGAAGGGAAGUUCAGUUCAGUGGAAUCCUUCUCAGCAGAAUCGGGAUGUGACUCUGAGGAGGAAGAAGGGAACAGCUCAGAAGAGGAGGAGGACACAGGAAGCAAUUCUGAGGAACUAUCUGAGCAGUUUUCGGAUGGUACGAGUGAAGAGGAAGAGGAAGGAGACCAAAGCUUAGUUGUUAGAGGGUCAAGAUUUGAUCCACAUUUGAGAGAGAUCGAAGAAGCACUUCAUAGGGCACUUCACAAAAAUGAGUCAGACAGGAGACUACAACUCAAUGGUCGAAUAAAAGGAGAUUAUGUCCCAGACAAUCCAGCAAGUCCUAUGGAGAUGAAAAUUGGGGAGCCCCCCAGAUAUUUUCCUUCCUUCCAGGGUUGUCGGAGCCUGGAUGAAUUCCUGUAUCUGAACAGGAUAAACGAGGGCACAUACGGUGUGGUAUACAGAGCAAAGGAGAAAAAGACCCAUGAAAUUGUGGCUCUGAAAAAAUUGAAAAUGGAAAAUAAGAAAGAAGGCUUCCCAAUUAACUUCGUCAGGGAAAUCAAUAUCAUGCAGAAAGUUCAGCACCCCAAUAUUAUCGCUAUCCGGGAGAUCGUGGUGGGUAGCAAUUUGAACGAGAUUUAUAUUGUUAUGAAUUACGUGGAGCAAGACCUCCAGAAGUUCAUGGAUACCAUGACGCAGCCCUUCCUGCCAGAGGAAGUAAAAACGUUGAUGAUUCAGCUCAUUAGGGGAUUAAAGUAUCUUCAUGACAACUGGAUCCUUCAUCGGGACCUCAAGCCUUCCAACUUACUCCUCAGUAACUCGGGCAUUUUAAAAAUCGGUGAUUUGGGGCUGGCCAGAGUAUAUGGCGGCCCAAGAAAAACUUACACUUCCUUGGUGGUGUCCCUGUGGUACCGGGCUCCCGAGUUGUUACUUGGAGCCAAGGAAUAUUCCACCGAGAUAGACAUGUGGUCAGUGGGCUGUAUUUUUGGAGAGCUAUUAUCCAAGGUGCCUCUAUUUCGAGGGAUAUCAGAGAUUGGCCAGAUCAACAAAAUCUUUGAGAAGCUGGGAACUCCAACGGAGGACAUUUGGCCCGGUUACAAUGACCUUCCGGUAGUGAAGAACGUAACUUUUGAACGUCAUCCCUAUAAUAAAUUAAGGACAGGAUUCGAGACCCUUCUCUCUGACCAGGGCUUCAAACUGCUGGACGAGUUGUUGAUCUACGACCCCAGGAUGAGGAUCAACGCACAAGACAGCCUGACACAUGAAUACUUCAGAGAAAGCCCACUUCCAAUUGACCUUUCCAUGUUUCCCACGUGGAGGGCCAAGAUCAAGUAG